AUGGAGUUGUCAUUGUUUCUGUUCAUCGUGUGUUCCGUCCCUGUGAGUCAUCAGUACUUGCUGCCAGACCACGUCGCUCCCUCUCACUACCAACUGAGGCUGAUGUACGACGUGGACCCAAACACUAACUACAGCUUCUACGGCGUCGCUGAUAUACAGAUUUCGACCAAAAAGGCCACUUCAAAAAUAAUUCUCCACGCGCAAAAUUAUAUGAUAUCAGAAGACAAAGUGAGUGUCGUUGGACAAAAAGACGUUCCCAAAGUGACGGGAGUUAAACUGAAUGAUACGUACAACUUCUUGGAAAUAACACUUGACAAGGAUUUAGAGGAAAAUAAAAACUAUACUCUUAUUAUACCAUUCUAUGGUAAUUUAAUGAGAGAGUUGGAUGGAGUGUACAUCAGCGCGUAUAAAGAUAAGAAGAAUGGAAAAACAGAAUAUCUUAUUGCGACACAGUUCCAACCGAUAUCAGCUCGUAAAGGUUUCCCGUGUUUCGACGAGCCCAUGUUCAAGUCCACCUUCUCCCUCGUCCUCGGCCACAGCAAGGAGUACACGGCCGUCUCCAACAUGCCUCUGGCGACCUCCUCCUUAGACAACGCCCUCGAAGAUUACUGGCCGUGGGACGUAGUCGGGAAGAAGUUUAGGAAGGAACUUUCUUCUUUUGUUUGGGAUGAAUUCGACAAAUCAGUUCCGAUGUCAUCUUAUCUUGUCGCCUUCGUGGUAUCUAAAUACUCUUAUAAAUCUGCCCCAAAUACAUCAAACACUAAGUUUAGGAUUUGGGCCAGAAGUGACGCUAUAGAACAGACUUCCUAUGCAUCUGAAGUAGGGCCAGCAGUGCUAUCUCAUUUUGAGAGAUGGUUUAACGUAUCGUUCCCGCUUCCCAAACAAGAUAUGGUGGCGAUACCAGACUUCGUCGCCGAGGGCAUGGAAAACUGGGGCCUCGUCACUUAUGAGGAUGCUGCUCUUUUAUACCAUGACAGAGAAUCUUCUCUCUCAGAUAAAGAAAGAAUUGCUUCGCUAAUAGCCCAUGAGUUAGCUCAUCAAUGGUUCGGCAACCUAGUGACCAUGAAGAGCUGGUCAGACUUGUGGCUGAACGAAGGCUUCGCGACCUUCGUAGCUUCAUUAGGUGUGAAUGCCAUUGAACCAUCCUGGCACGCGGACAUAAACAACGCCGUAGAGAACACACUGACUGUAUUCAACUUGGACGUUUUGGAGUCUUCUCAUCCGGUGUCAGUUCCUUUAGAAGAUCCGACAGCCAUAACAGAGAUCUUCGAUGAUAUUUCUUACAGUAAGGGAGCUACUUUAAUACGAAUGAUGGAGAUGUUUUUGGGAGAAGAGGCAUUUAGAGAAGCACUUCACAAUUAUCUUAUAAAAUAUUCAUACUCUAACGCGGAACAAGAUGAUCUCUGGUCGGAACUAAACGCAGUGGUCAUGAACAAAGGCGCGUUGAAUAAUAACAUGACUGUAAAACAAGUCAUGGAUACCUGGACCAAACAAACUGGAUUUCCUUUGGUGACUGUUAACAGAAAUUACUCCGACAAAUCUGUUAAUAUUUCACAGAAACGUUAUGUAUGGCGUCAAGAAAUUCUUUCAUCCCAAAGUUGGUGGAUUCCUCUUAGUAUUAAAUGUGAAAGUGGAACAGAAGACCCAAAAUUAGUUUGGUUAAGUAAUGAGGAAGGAGUUCUGGAUGAUAAACAUCUCGAACAUGGAUGUGACCAAAAUGAAUGGAUGUUGUUUAAUUAUAAUAUGAUGGCACCCUUUAGAGUUAACUACGAUGAAAACAAUUGGAAGCUCCUCAUAAACACUCUGACGAGUGACAAGUACAGCGUCAUACCUGUUGAAGGACGAGUACAGAUGUUGUCUGACGCGUUUGAACUGGCCUGGAACAAUCAACUGGACUACGGAAUGACUUUACAGUUAGCAAGCUACCUCCAAAGAGAACAAGAAUAUUUACCUCUAUAUACAGGUCUAUCAGGUUUGUCGAAGAUAUCCAAUGUACUAAAACGAAGCGCAGAAUAUGGCUUGUUCCAAGAAUAUGUGAGGAUGUUAAUCACCAGAAUAUAUCAGAGUGGGGGACUUGCUGUUAAAAAUAUAGUAAAUGGUGAUGACUUAAACAGUGUCAAAAUACAGGUGCUUUCCAGCUCAUGGGCUUGCAGUAUGAAUGUUCCUGGUUGUGAAGAUAAUGCUUUAGAAAUGUUCCAGCAGUGGAUGAAAACUCAGAAUCCAGAUGAAAAUAAUCCCAUCCCGGUAGACCUUCGCUCGAUAGUAACGUGUGUCGGUAUACAUCGUGGUAGUGAGUUUCAUUGGAGCUGGUCUUUGGAGAGGAGGAAUCGUUCAGACGUGGCAGCGACUCGGGAACACCUCCUCGACUCACUGGCCUGCAGCAGGGAUGUAUGGAUACUGGCCAAGUUCUUAGAAUGGACACUAACAGAGAAUGACGAGCUUCACCGCCAGGAGUCGAGUCGAGUGAUCAGCGAGGUGAUCAGUUCUGAGGUGGGCUACUACGUGGCUAGAGACUUCAUAUAUAACAGGAUCAAGGAUAUACAUACUGCUUUUUAUGAUCAAAGUGAAGGCAUCACUGACAUUAUGAAGACUCUUCUGGGGCAGUUUACUACUCAGAAGGAACUCGAUGAGUUCUUAUCUUGGCAGAAGAGGAAUGAUGAGUUACUAUCUGAAUCAAAGAUGGCAGUGGCACAAGGAAUAGAAACAGCUCGCACCAAUAUUCAAUGGGUGGAGACUAUGAAACCUAUUUUUAUGGACAGACUCAAAGAAUUCAUCCGAACCAGUUCCUCUACAUCUUUCUAG